ACAUUGCUCCAAGGCGACAUCUAUUUAGAUUUUUCUAUUUUCUUUUUAUCGUGUUACGUAAAACGUUAUAGACCAGGAAGUAUAGCAGUUUAGCAGAUUGGAUUGGAAGCCAUAGUAAAGUGGGUGGGACACUUGAUUUUCGUUGGCUGAUAGUAAGAGGACCUUGAAACAACAGUCAGGCGCAACAUGCUAAAACUGGAAGCUGUAAACUCACACAAACCUGUGUGGAAGCCUCUGGCCUGUUUCUCAAAAGAAUAGCAACAUGUUAGCAGUUCAUAUAUUAAGUUUGAGGAAACAACCUGUCUCAAACAUGUCUUACGGAAAAGCAGAAUUUCGCCCUGUUCCAAGAGACUUCAGCACUCUCAUUCAGACAUGCAGCUCAAACAUCCAGAAGAUCACACAAAACACUGCUCAGAUCAAGACCAUGGUGAACCAAUUGGGGACCAAACAGGACACCAGUGAAUUUCAAGAUCGUCUGCAGCAAAUUCAGCACUAUACCAACCAGCUUGCUAAAGAAACCAACAGGCAUCUUAAAGAGUUGGGCUCGGUCCCUUUGGCAUCAUCUCCCUCAGAACAAAGACAACAGAGGAUCCAAAGGGACCGGCUUAUGAAUGACUUUUCUGCGGCACUCAACAACUUCCAAGCUGUCCAGCGACGUGCAGCAGAAAAAGAGAGGGAAUCAAUAGCAAGAGCAAGGGCUGGUUCCUGUCUAUCAAAUGAAGACAGUUUUCGGGAUGAAAAACUUGUCUCCUUUGAUAACCAAGAGGACCUUGGUCCAAUUACCACCCAGACAGAAGAAAUGGCCAUUACAGAGGAAGAUCUGGAGCUCAUCAAGGAGAGAGAAACCAAUAUCAGACAGCUUGAGUCUGAUAUCAUGGACGUGAACCAGAUUUUUAAGGACUUGGCAGUUAUGAUUCAUGACCAGGGAGAGAUGAUUGACAGUAUUGAGGCCAACGUGGAAAAUGCUGAAGUUCAUGUAGAACGAGGAGCAGAACAGCUCCAGAGAGCCGCGUAUUACCAGCAAAAAUCCAGGAAGAAGAUGUGUAUUCUUGCCAUAGUGUGUUCCAUAAUACUUAGCCUUCUUAUCAUUAUUAUUUAUUUUGCUUCUUCUAAGUAAGCUGAUUUCAUUCAAGCAGUGUUUCAGUACUCUAUUUGGCACUGCAAAACCCCUUCAAUCUUGACCUCACUGACAACCAUUCACUUGGCAUUACCAGAGCAAGAAAAUAUGUUCACUGUAAAAAUAUCUUCAAAGUUUAUCAAUAUGGAGGGCUCAACAAUUUAAAAAUGUAGUCAUCUUGAAUCAUUAUGUCUGUUGAUUUGUAAAGUAGAUGAUGAACCUACUUUAACGUUGUUGGUGAGGCUGUGGGGGACUUAGGUAAUGUUUGAGAGCAGUCUGCUAUAUGAAAUUCCUUCAUUUCCCUUACUUAUCCCCUUACUUAUCUUACUUUAUUGCGCUAACACUAGCUGUUGUGUAUUUCAGAUGUACAAACAUUGUAAGGAAUAACUGAAUUGUCAAGAAUCUUUCUUUUAAGUUUUAUGUGUUUUGUUUUGUUGUUCCUUUUUCUAAGUUGAUGUUGUGGCAUCAGAUGUGGACAGCCAGUCCCAUCCUGCUUUGACUCAUUAGCCUCAUAGGGACGCAGUAGUACAGUUGUGAGGUGGUGAUAUAGGUUGAAAUGCUAAACACAUUUAGCAUAAAUAUUCCUUUCAGAAUAUGAAGGUUGAUGUAAACACUUAAAUGUAAGACUACUCUUUAUAUGACAUAUUUUAAGUUGAUUUCUAUACUCCUGACAGAAUGCAUAAUAAAUAUCUUAAGCACGAG